AUGUUCACCAAGACCAUUCUCAGCGCGACUGCGCUACUCGCAGGUGUCGCGACAGCGGGAUCAGCGCCUGGCUUUCCCAUCGACGUCACUCAGAACUUGACCGUGACGUACGGCAACAAUACCGUGUCGCCCGGCGGAGAGCGCAUUCCUCGUCCCGAAACCGCAGCACCCCCAACCGUCUCGUCGCCAGUAUGGUUUUCCGACGAGCGAGGCCCCGGCCAAUGCGUCCUCCUCAUGGUCGACCUCGACGUGCCCCGUAACAACUCACGCGUCCAGUUAGUACACUGGAUCGCUACGAACGUCACGCGCUCUGUUCCCAUCUCCGCGAACACAACUGGCUCAGCCCUCGACAUUCCGUCGGACAACCCCGUCCCAUACCUCCAGCCCUCACCUCCAGUGGGUGACAGCCCCCACAGCUACACAUUCAUCCUCAUGCAGCAACCGCGCAACUUCAGCAUACCCUCCAUGUACGAGAACCUGGCGGACAACAGGGUCGGCUUCAAUGUCAGCCAGUUUGCAGCUGACGCGAACCUGACGACUGCUCUGGCGGCGACCUGGAUCACCGUGCAGAACCUUACCGACGUGCCGUCCAACACAAGCUUCCCACCCCCGAGGCCGAGCCCAACGGGAGAUGGUGAGGGCUCGAGCGACCCUGCUUCGGGUGACGCGAGUGGCGCCAUGAUUGGUGGCAGGACAUUGUGGACGGCGAUUAGCACUGCGGUUGUAGCUGUGGGUUUUGCUAUUGCUUUGUAG